AUGGGCAAAAAAACCUACACUUAUGGGGAGUGUGACUAUUCUACUACACAGAAAUGCAAUUUGGACCGACAUCUGAUGAAACACACGUCGGGUGAAAAGCCCUACAUGUGUGGGGAGUGUGGGUACAGGACAGGUAAAAAAUCCCGCUUAUCUGUGCACAUGGGAACCCAUACAGGAGACAGGCCCUAUAAAUGUGGGCAGUGUGACUUUUCCGCUGCACAGAAAGGCAACUUAGACCAGCAUAUAGCAGCAAAACAUAGUGAGAGUCCCUACAUGUGUGGGGAGUACGGAGGGCACUACGUGUGUGACGUGUGCGGGUACAGGACACUUUAUAGACCAACUUUAGCUCGACACAUGAGAACCCACACAGGAGAAAAACCCUACAAGUGUGACUACUGUGACUUUUCGUCCAAACGCCAGUUGGACAAACAUGUAAUGAAACACACUGGUGAGAUGCCUUUCAUGUGUGACGAGUGUGGGUACAGGACAGCUUAUAGAAUAACCUUAUUCCGACACAUGAGAACCCAUUCGGGGGAGAAACCCUACAAGUGCGACAAGACUAUUCUGCAAUACAGAAAUACGAUUUGGACAAACAUCUAG